CUUUGCAUACCAAUCAAUUACCUUAUGCAUAUGUAUCAGUUGAUAGCGUCUAGGUGUGUGAGGACUCUUUCGGAGCAGCAGUAGGCCUACUAUUUGAACAUUAAAGAUCUUCAGUAUGAGCGGUUUGUUCCAGCAACUCAGGGACUAUGGACAAUGGGCCAAUAGUGUGUCUGAUUCCAGGACCAAGGACUGGUUCCUUAUGUCUAGUCCUGUCAUAACCUACUCCCUGGUGGCCCUGUACCUGGUCCUGGUCUACUACGGGCCUAGAUUCAUGGCCCCAAGGAAAGCCCUGGACCUCAAGCUCCCGAUGCUCGUCUACAACUUUGCCCUUGUGAUCCUGUCUGCUUUCAUGUUCAAGGAGUUCUUUGUGACCACCGUACUUAAUCCCAAGUUCAAUGUAUCGUGCCAAUCCGUGGAUUACUCUGAUGACCCCCUGGCAGUCAGGCUUGCUGGUGUUUGCUGGUGGUUUUUCUUCUCCAAGAUCAUUGAACUACUUGAUACGGUCAUUUUCAUUCUGCGUAAGAAGAACAAUCAGAUUUCUUUCCUUCAUGUAUACCAUCAUGCCACCAUGCCUUUCCUAUGGUGGAUUGGAGUGCGGUGGGUAGCCGGAGGAGCUUCAUUUUUCUCAGGGAUGGUGAACUGUUUCAUCCACGUGUUGAUGUAUGGAUACUACUUCCUGUCUGCACUGGGCCCAUGGAUCCAACCUUACCUCUGGUGGAAGAGAUAUCUGACAUCCCUCCAGCUGCUCCAGUUCUUCACUGUACUCAUCCACUGCAUGUUCGUAAUGUAUCAGCAAUGCGGCUUUCCUAACGGUUACGUAUGGGCUCUCAUUGCGUAUCUCAUCUCGCACAUCCUUCUUUUCUCAAACUUCUACAAUCAGGCUUACGUUGUGAAAGCCAAGAAGGGAAAGAGCAAGAAGAGCAAUGGCCAUGUCGAGAAUGAUGUCCCGGCGACCCCCAGCCGGAACGGAAGGUACAACCUUCGGGAGCGCUCUCCCAGGACCCCGUACACAAAGUAGAAUCGUCGGAAUGGUCGUCAGCUUCGAAUGACACGCCCCCCGGACUCCUUUUCGGCAUGUACAAUCGUGUGAUUACUACAUCACCACCUCUCUCCAUAUGUAUUGUUAUUAUUGUUAUUAUUAUUAUUAUUAUGAUCAACGUCACCUGUGCCUGGGAGGUAAGCAAACUGACUUUGCAAAAUUGGGCCACUUCAAAAUUUGAGAACCUAGGGUUUAUUUCAAGAAGCACCUUUGCAGUGAAUUUUACCGACAAUUUUGCUCUGAGCCAAUCGGAUGCAAGGAUUUCGGUAGCUUGUAACAAUUUUUCUGUGAAAAUCAACGACUGUAUGUGUCACGAGACAUUCCUUAGGGAUGGAAGCCGACUCGAGGGGAGGGUUCCAUAAAGCAGCAUGUUAAUGACUUUCACUGGCAAACUUGCUGUGAGCCAAUCAGCUGCAAGGAUUUCGGUAGCUUAUAACAGUUUUCUGUGAAAAUCACCAACAAAUUUUUUCAUGAAAUGCUCCCCUGAUUUAAAAAAGAAAUCUGAACAAAGAGAGCAAACAAUAAGUAGAACAGAAAACAUGACAAUCCUCACGCACACACUUAUUGCAUAAGAUGUUUAUCGCCAACAACUUUUGAAGUGUGAUCCAAUCUUUUUCGUGUUCUCUAAAUUUCAAUUAUUUGGAAACGUAGUGUUGCACUCUGUCGUGCAAACAAAUUCAGUGUAAUAGAUAUUAAUAAAACAUUGUAGAAAUGAGAAAAUAUUUUGUGGAAUUAUUUUUAUUUGGAAACGAAGACGUACACACUGUCGUGCAAACAAAUUCAGUGUAAUAGAUAUUAAUAAAACAUUGUAGAAAUGAGAAAAUAUUUUAUGGAAUUAUUUUUAUUUGGAAACGAAGACGUACACACUGUCGUGCAAACAAAGUCAGUGUAAUAGAUAUUAAUAAAACAUUGUAGAAAUGAGAAAAUAUUUUAUGGAAUUAUUUUUAUUUGGAAACGAAGACGUACACACUGUCAUGCAAACAAAGUCAGUGUAAUAGAUAUUAAUAAAACAUUGUAGAAAUGAGAAAAUAUUUUGUGGAAUCAUUUUCUCAAGUGUACUCCCAUUUUCUCUUCAAAUGGGCAAUUAACUUGGAAACGUUGAUGUGCACUGUCUCAAUGCAAACAAAUAUCAGUGUAACUAACAAAUGUUAAAAAAAAUUGUAGAGAUGAGAAAAAAUAUUCAUUGCAUAAUUUUCACAAGUAUGAUCCCUUUUUACUUGGAAGCGUUGAUGUGCACUCUCUCAAUGGAAGUAUAAUAU